CAAAAUGGAUAUUUUCAAGCUUAAAAAACCCCGUCUGCGUGGAAGUAUGAAGCAGGGGAACUUAGGAGAUGUAACUGUUAAGGCAAGGCAUCGGUAGAAUACAAAAACCCCUGCAGCCAGAGCAAUCGUAUCCCUCCACUACAAAAGCAAUUCUCCUCCAGCACAAUGCAGUGCAUUCUGCAUUAGAACAAUUCCAAGUGGGCAGCAAAAGUAGAUUAAGAUGGCAUUUCAACCAGCAACUACAUUAUCAGUUGCCGCAUUAGUAUUGCUAAUUUUAGCAACAGGAUCUGAUGCUGGUGGAAUAGCAAUCUACUGGGGUCAGAACGGAAACGAGGGAACCCUGGCAGAUACCUGUGCAACUGGAAACUACCAAUAUGUAAACCUGGCCUUCCUCGUGACUUUCGGAAAUGGCCAGACGCCCAUUAUUAACCUUGCUGGGCAUUGCGAUCCAUACAGCAAUGGCUGCACAAGCUUGAGUUCUGACAUUAAAUCAUGCCAAGCCCAAGGUGUUAAGGUGAUGCUUUCUAUAGGAGGAGCUUCUGGUAGCUACUCCCUCGCCUCCUCAGAGGACGCGAGGCAAGUCGCUACUUAUCUCUGGAACAAUUUCUUGGGGGGUCACUCUUCAUCCCGUCCCCUGGGGUCUGCUGUCCUAGAUGGGAUUGACUUUGACAUCGAAGGAGGAACAGGAUUGUAUUGGGAUGACCUUGCAAGGUACCUUUCUGCUUAUAGCAAUAAAGGUAAAAGGGUGCACUUAACAGCAGCUCCCCAGUGCCCCUUCCCUGAUGCUUGGGUGGGAAAUGCCCUGAAAACCGGUCUUUUCGAUUAUGUUUGGGUCCAGUUCUACAACAACCCUCCUUGCCAAUACGCUUCUGGGGAGGUCACCAAUCUGGAGGAUGCUUGGAAGCAAUGGACUUCAGCCAUUCCAGCCAGCAAGAUUUUCUUGGGUUUGCCCGCAUCUCCUGCGGCAGCAGGCAGCGGCUUCAUUCCCGUGCCUGAUCUCACAUCAAACGUGCUUCCAUCCAUCAAGGACUCUUCCAAGUAUGGGGGUGUAAUGCUGUGGUCCAAGUAUUACGAUGAUCAAAGCGGAUAUAGUUCUUCCAUUAAGAAUGAUGUCUGAUCUCACAUUUCUGUCAAUUCCGCGUGCCUGCAUGCGUGAUGUGUAUCGGUUGUAUUUCCAGAUAUUCUGAUCUAUCUUCUAUAUAUGUAUCUUCGGAGUAUAAAUUUGAUUUAUGCUCACUAGUUUCUUA